UUCUGUCAUCCUAGGAUAGCAUGUACCAGACACUGCAGGGCACCGUAGGCUGGUUUGCAGGCGCUGUGGGAAUUCCUCAGGAGAGGAAGUAUAACAGUGUUCUCUUUGGUGGUCUCAUUGGCUCCCUCUUCUCCCUCCUGCAGUUUAUCUGCUCACCGCUCACUGGAGCAGCUUCGGAUUAUCUUGGAAGACGGCGAGUCAUAAUAAUAAAUUCAUUUGGCAUAAUCGAAGUCCUAUGCUAUAUGGGCCAUGUCAAGAAGUUUUGGAGUCUUCCUUAUCUCUCGCAUGGUUGGAGGAUUAAGUAAAGGAAAUGUUAGCUUAUGU